GAGAGAGCGAGAGAGGGAGAGAGAGAGAGAGAGAGAGAGAGCGAAACGAUGGAGAGCAGCAAAAUGCUCCACUUCCAAUUCCCCAACCACGAGGCCGGGGUCAUGAGGAAGAUGAACCAACUGAGGACGGAGGAGCGCUUCUGCGACGUGACGGUGGUGCUACGGUUCCCCGGCCACCGGGUGGUCCUGGCCGCCUGCUCCCCUUUCCUCCGCGACCGCUUCCACAUGAACCCCUCGCGCGAGGUCCACGUCUGCCCCAUGGCCGCCCCCGGGGUGGUGCUGAGCCUCCUGGUCUCCUGCUACACGGGGCGGCUGGACUUCCCCUUCCCCGAGGUGGUGGACUACCUGACGGCCGCCAGUUGCCUGCAGAUGGAGCAGGUGGUGGAGCGCUGCCGGCUCUGCCUGUCCCGCUGCGUGGCCUCCCAGAUGCUCUCGGGCGGCGAGGAGGCCCAGGCCGCCAACGCCAUCGGCUCCUCCUCCGAGCGCGGCCCGGCCGGGCGGUCGGGCGGAACGGAGGCCAACGAGGACGAGGGCUUCGUGGCGGAGGACGCCCUGGAGGAGGAGGAGGACUACGAGAGCUCGGCCAGCGAGGACUGCCGGGCCGGAGGAGGCGGAGGAGGAGGAGGCGGAGGAGGCGGAUUCACCGGCUGCUACUACCGGGGGCCGCCGGAGGCCGGGGGCGGAGGCGGCGGCGGCGGCGGCGGAGGCCCCUCGUGCUGCCCCGAGUGCGGGGAGCUGUUCCAGCGGCGCGAGAACAUGGCGGCCCACAUGGUCACCCACAAGCUGUACAUGUGCCUGCUGUGCGGGAAGGUGUUCAAGAAGAACGCGCGCCUGGCGCAGCACAUCAACGUGCACACGGGCUUCAAGCCCUACUGCUGCUCGGCCUGCGGCAAGACCUUCACCCAGAAGCGCUCGCUCAAGGACCACAUGAACGUGCACAACGGCGACUCCCCCCACCGCUGCUCGCACUGCGAGAUGCGCUUCACCCACUACAACACGCUCCGGGUCCACCUGCGGGACCAGCACGGCAGGACCGCCGCCCGCGGCGGGGCCGGGGCCGGGGCCGGG